ACUUUUGGCUCUCCAUUAAGCGCCUAUCAGCGCUUAGGGCCCACAGCCCAACUCUGUCAACCCGGAGCUGGCCGGUCCCAGCUAUGGCCGCCGGCAACAUGAAGAAGGUACGAUUCCAUGAGCAACUCAAUGAGGAAGGACAGUAUGAUAUCGAGAGAGACCUGUGCCACAUCAUUGUUAAUGGACUCGGAAUCGAGCUUUUCGUGGAGCUCUCCAACCCUCCUGACAAUUGGAUUGACAUUCUCGUACGAUGCGAGGAUUGCACAAGUGAUGCCAGCAAAGCCUGGGUAGAACAGCACAUCCUACAGGAGGUGACGCGACUGUGUUCAGAGCCCAUCGGUUUACCUGGUGUCCAGCUGGUGAUCAAAAUUUUUCGUCCGGAGUGUGUGGAACAGCUUGUCCCUCGUGAAUGUCGUCUCAGUUCCCAGGUCGUAGAUGAGACCAAAAUUUUGGAUGGGAUCAAUCAGUGGGGCAUCCAGUCUGUAGAUUACAAAUACUGCUGGCCUGAGCUUGACCCCAGCCGAAAUUGCAUAGGGCUGCCUAGGUCCUUAAGUAAUGGACUGGACCUGCUAAGGCCAUCAACACUCAGGGACAGUGUGAUCCAGCAGGGGCGGCAGCUCAUACAGGUCAAUAAAGAUUUUGAACUAGGCCCAAUUGGCGAGUCUCGAGGGAACAGCUGGGCAUCAGGUGCAGCACAUGCAGAAGCUCACUGUUCAGCACAUGACUACCUCUGCUGCGAUAACGAGGGAGCGGUGCGAGGACUGCCUGGUCCAUUUCAGAAAAUGUUGCAAGUCAUUCUGGCCAAAGUUGACAGGGUUCACUUGGAUGUGAAGAGGAUUGGUGAUGACAUGAAUAAUUUGAAGUGUGCGAUGAAAACGCUGAUGAGAGUUCAGAAAGAGAUGUUCCCCAGCAUCAGCAGGAAGCUGACGGAUAUGUCAUUUCUAGUGAUGGAGAAGCACAAGCAUCGGCUGCCCCAUCUUCUCUUCUUUUCUGAAAAGGAGGGUGUGAAAGCGAAACUUGCAACCUGGUUUGGCCACCCGCUAGGUGUCCGUCCGCUUCAACUUCACUUGAUGUGUGAAUCUCGGAGCGAGGUACAUUCUGUGGAAGGCCAACCUGGCAAAAAGGUGUGGAUUCAGGAGGAGGAGAAACCAGGGGUUUGGGUGCUGCUAAGAGCAACUCUACUUGUGAUGACAACUUUACUGAUUGCUGGAUGCGGCACGAUGGCAGGAAUUCAUUCUGUGGUGCCUGAUCUAACUAGCCUCAGUCGUGAUUGGUCCCCCAUCAUCGCAGCACGGGUGGCUGGAGGUUUGGCAGUCGGUGCAUACGGAGCUGACAAAGAAAUUACAGAUUUCAAGGAGAGUCUGAUCAAGGAUUUUGAGGAACGCUGGAAAAAAGGUACAAGAAUGUUUGAGGAUGGUCCAGAAGAUGAUAUCAGGAGGGCUGAGGCAUUUGCAUGGCUGGAAAGAACUCUUGUGGGUGGGAAGGUUGACAUCAGAGAGAAAUUCCAGUUAUCAAGAGUCAGAUACAAAGACACAUCCUCAAUUGCAUGGAUUUGCGAUGGAUGUUUAGUGAAGUACCACGGUGAAUAUGAGAUGUUCACAUAAGCAUGGCGAAAAGCAUUCGCUUGCACUAGUGCUAUGAGAGUCAUGAUAGCUGAUUCUCUCUGUUCCAAAAUACGGAUGUUCAUAUACGUAUAGUCAAUUAUUUUUGUGCACAUGUCAUAAAGCCAAUAAGGGAGGGAGCGGUAGAGGAUAUAGUCAGCUAUCUCUGUUCCAAAAUACGGAUGUUCAUUCCCUUGCACAUGGCUGAUUACAUAUGCGGCAUUACCACUUA